AGUAACCUUAGUAUACGCCUCAAAAAUUGGAGAGUGCACGUAAGGGGAAUAUAUAGACCGCAGAUCAGCUGUAACCUGCAACAGCGCUAUAGCCAAAAUAGCAGCAGUGGAGAACAACUCAACUCACAUCAUCAGCUCACGCAAUGUUAUAGCCGUAAUAGUUAUUGAAUCUAUUACUAUUAUACAAUUGCUGCAUUGACUAUAUUGGUGAGAGGAGAGAGGGAAUCAACAAAAAUAACAUCUGAUGAAGUUAUACCUAUAUGUAUGGCAAAGUUGCUGGUUUUACUUUUCACAAGUUUCGUUGUGUACUCGGUGAAAUCGUUAUACCUACACGCCACAUUGCUAUAACGGAACCCGGACGGAAUCUAUAUUAUAGGAGAAUUCUAUAGCCCUGAGGAAAGGGCUGAUAGACUUGUGAGCUUGAGCACAUCGCUGUUUAAAUAAUAGCGUGAUAUAUAAAAUUAGUGAAAAUGUCAUUCUGCAUCCUGCACCGCCGAAUAUUGGCAAGUAUCAUCUUAAUUGUUUUCCUAUUUGGAGCCGGAUGGCAGAUGAUGUACAGUCCAGUCAGAGAAAAUCAACUGAUGACAUCAACGCCAAUUGGGUCAGCAGAUGCUAAGGAGUUUAACUCGUCGACUAUUGGCGACAGCAAGAAUAAGGAACAUAGCAUCAAUGUUACGCCGGAGAAAUCAUCGCCAUCAGAAACAACAAUUGUAUUAGGCCUAUUCACUGACAGAAGCACUUCAGCACCAACAACCGUUUCAAAAGCGACCGUCAGCAGCGAACGUUACGAGCUGAUGGAGGCAUAUGCAAACGAUCCACCGUUAAAGGUUGCUGAGCCAGCAGCACGUUUCAAGCGGAUACUCUUGUGGAACGAGGCUUUUUAUGGCAGCAAGAAUUUCGAGAUUGGAAACGGUCGUGAUGGCUUCCGUGAAUUCGAAUGCCCAGUGUGGCAGUGCGAAACGUCAGACAACCGAACCGACGCCCACCAAUACGACGCCGUCGUCUUUCAUCUUCGCGGAUGGAAACCCGACAAUGUGCCACAACGUCGCUCACCUCAUCAGCGCUACGUGUUUUGGAGUUGGGAGGCGCCAGUUUGGCGCAUCUACGGCGACGACACGAGUGCUAUGGCCAAUUUCUUCAACUGGACCAUGACGCACCGGUGGGACUCGGACAUGAUCCACCCUUACGGCUACAUCACACCAACGGGAAACGUCCCCCUUCAUCCCACUCCAAAUCAGAUGAAGAAACUUUUGUUAUCGUCUAAUGAAACCACCAAAGUCAAUUACGCCCAGGGAAAGACCAAAAUGGCCGCCUGGUUCGUGUCGCAUUGCAACUCGCAGAUGAGCCGCAGAAUUGAAAUGGUCAAUAUACUUCAAAAUUACAUCCGAGUCGACGUGUACGGCGCGUGUGGAAAUCUGACGUGCCCAAAGAAACAAGAUAAAUCUUUCGUGUCGAGCGACGAAUGCCGGGACAUGGUGGCCAAAAAUUACAAAUUCUAUUUCGCCCUGGAGAAUUCCCUCUGCCGCCAUUACGUCACCGAAAAAUUUUUCGACAACUUGCGCCGCCCGAUCCUGCCCGUCGUUUACGGCCUCCACGACGAUCACGAAAAACUGGCACCGCCGCAUUCCUUCAUCAACGCCGCCAAAUUCAAAUCAAUGAAAGCCCUGGCCGAUUAUCUGAUCCUCCUGGACAAGAACGACACGCUGUACAACGAGUAUUUUUGGUGGAAGCCUCACUUCCGGGUGCGGGACAGCCAGCGGGACAAGAACCAGGGCAUGUGCCACCUGUGCGCCGCCCUGCACGACCCGACUCGCCCGCGCCAAAUCUACGCCGACAUGACCGACUGGUGGGAAAAACAAGCCAAGUGUCAGAUACCCGAAAUUUCAUAAUUAAGUUUGUAUCGUCGGCCGGCACUCCCAAUCGAUGCAAUCGAUGUUCUCCGGUCGUCAUUAAUAUUAUAGUAUAUAUAUAUUACUAUAUGUAUUAGCCUACACUUGAUAUUAUAGCCUACCAUGAGCAUACUUAUCUGCGACUUUCUAUGCUGAUGUGACGUAUCUGUGUAUGUGUGCGUAUGCACGGCUACAUGGAUGUGUGUGUAAUACAGACUCAUGUAGCCGCAUGUAGCCGAGCUAUAAGAGUAAAACACCAUGUAGGCCUAUAUACUAUAAUAUAGGCCUAUAUAAGCGAACCAGCAUAUAGGACUGCAUAGGCUAUACGCAGUUUUCUUUUUCUAUCAAGGUAUAUAGUCCUAUAUACUGUAGUAGCCUACCUAGACUACUUUUUGACGGUUCGCGUCACUUAAUAUUUUGAGAAAAGAGGAUGGCAGCCAUGGCCUGUGGUUAUUAAGGGAAUAAAGGUUAUAUGAUCAACCACCGUCGAUCAAUUAUAUAUUGUUAGACCUAUUUUGUUGAAUAUAUGACGUAUCAUUAUA